AAAUUUCUCUGUCUAGACAAGCCAACGGUUGGGAAAGCUUCGUCUACUACAAACAUUAGCUCGUGGGCUGGUAACAAAAUAAAUCUAGAAUGUUAUUGGUCCAGUUCUCUUCCCAUACCACGGUGGACAUGGUUUAAGCCCAAUGGUGAUCGGAUCACUAAUGUCCGUAGUAUUUCCAGUGGAAGCCAGGUGACAGUGUUGACUGGAAACAAUAAUCAUGACUAUGGGAUGUAUAGAUGUAAAGCAACGAAUAUUGCUGGGAGUGAUCAGCACAACAUAUCGGUUACUCGACUCUUUCCUCCUGUUCGACCACCACUUAUUGAUGUCGCAUCUAUCAGGUCAUCAUCAGUUACAAUUAUCUGGGCAAGACCAGCAGACAAUGGUGGAAGUCCAGUCACUGGAUACAAGGUGCUCAUUGAUUCAAGAACAUUUUAUAUAAAUUCAUCAAAAAUACUGGUCUAUCAAGAAUUCACAGGCCUUCAGGAACACACGGAGUACAACGUCACAGUGCUGGCUAGAAAUAUUGCAGGAUUUGGUGAUGCCUCUUUUAAAGUGUUCAACACAACUACAGCUAAACAAGAACCGAAACGCGAGUCACGUCAUGCUUCAACACAAGACAAUUGCAAUACUAAAGUUGGUGUGUUGGCUGCGUUCUUGGCUAUUUCUUUGCUAUCCAUUGUUAUACUUUUGGCUUUCAUGAUAUUGAAACAUAGGAGGACAAACUCACAAAACUCAAAUCAACAAGAGCCGAAAAAAGACGCAGUGUAUGAGAAUUCAGAUGCCAUUGGAAUGGUCCACUUGACAUCAUCAUCAAGUCCUUCAUUCAAAACCAACCAAAAGUCCCAUAAAACGGCAUUGCCUACCGAAGCUAGGAACCCAAAUCAAGAACAUUAUCAACAGCUAAAUCCAAGCACACUUCAAAGUUCGACAGCCACAGUACCAACUUAUGAACCACUACGUAAAAACGACGUUACCAUUGCUGAAUGCAAAGGGCAUCACACGCACCCAACGUUGCAAAGUCGCACGCGCGGUUACAAGAACCCUUAAACGUACUCUAACGUAUCCAUCGCGUGAUUUAGAUAUUAAAUAAUUCUCGAUCUGAUUGGCAUAUAUUUUCCAAAAUAAUCUGCAGAAAUGUGAAUCAAAUAUAUAUUUUUUUUUCAAAAAUACUUAGCACAGUUUUAAGAGCUCAGCAAAAGUAUUUUGAUACUUUCUUAAAACUAGUUUUGACGGGAUUGGGCGGAUUGACAAAGAAAGAGUCCACAGUCCAAUCGAAGUUAAACUGUUAAGGCUGAUUUUGAUUUUAUGUACUUAUUUGCAAGACUUCAAACUGAGACUAUCGCGUCCGAUCAAAACAAACAUGACAACGAAUGGAUGUUUCUAUACUCAUUGAAUGCUCGCAUAUUUCAUGUUGUAUGUACAUCUUCGCCGAAGAGGAGGGUUCUAAAAGCCAAGCAGAGUGAGCCGUUUUGUGAAAGUGUUGAAAUAAAUCCCAAUGAACAGCACUAUGCAAUAAAUUUCAUUCAAAUAUCAUUACUAUUUUAUCCAUUUACUACCAUCUGGCAUGCAUGAAA